AUGCAAAAGAGUGUGGAAUGCCUUUGUGGCAAUAUCUCGAUCAGUUUUAGAGAACCUCCGCCGACUUUCAUUGUGUCUGUCAAAGACCCAUUCGAAUGGGAAGACCCUCACCCAAUCACUUCAUUUAGUGUUGAUAUGACGUACUUCCAAAUGGUUUCGAUCAGACAAACAGCUACUUGUUUGAUAUAUAAAUGCUUAAACUGUGGUGAUGACUGUUGUUGUGUUAAAGGCAAUGAAGGCGUGUUGAAUAAGGAGUUGUUUAAUAAUGAGAAUAGAAGAAAGGAUAUGAAAUAUAGUGAAACGUUCAAAGUGUACACAUUGGACAAAGAGAGCGAAAGCAAAGACAAGAACGCACAAGUAAUUGACAAACUCGACGAACAACUUGAACGCAUUUUGAUGAACAAAAAACAGGAGAAAAUCGAUGUUUUAUUCAAAGAGAAGGAGAGGAAAAUUAGAGAAUUUGUCAAUUCACAGGAAGAGCUUUUUGAGGCACAAAGAAGUAUCGUAAAUAGUGAGUAUGAAACAGUGAGAAACGACUUCAAGGAGAUUCACAAAACAACCACCGCGCAACCACAACAACCAGAAAAAUUGAAGCGAGUGAAGACAUGGGAAGCACCCAUCAAAAUUCGAGUUAACACUUCGAAAGAAGUCUUUGAGUUUGAUGAGGAACAAAAUGAGGAAAUCAGUGGAAACGAAAUUGCAAAGAGUGAGACCAAAGUUGAUGUCCCAAUAGUCCAACGAGGUGUUGUGCAAUUCCAUGAUGUAGCGCCGUGUUGCAGUGUUCCAAUGCGACUGCCAUCAACCGAAAUCGAAGAGGAGUCGUUCGAGGAGUUUGCAACUUCCAAAAAUAUAAACACCCAAUUCAACAAAUAA